AGAGCAGCAACACGAACAGGCCUAUUAUGCAAGUACGGAGCAAUUACUCCGACAAGUCUCGGCGCACCAUCUGGCGGCGCAAAUCGACGAAGGGAAUUCGUGGCUGCGACGAAUCUACCUGCGCUGGACCGGACACUCACGGACAUUCGCGAGUACCCCCAUCUAUUCUCGUUGCGCGUAUUCUUCAUGCCAGGCGUGUUAUGAUUUCGGGAAGAUGCAAUUCGUCAAUAGUUCGCUGCAUAUCUGAGUUGUCUAAGAAACAGUGCAGUACAGGAGUACAGGGGUAUCGGAAAAAUUUUCAUUUCGCCGAAAGUGCUCUACUCCCUAUUGUUGAGCGCAAAAUGAAGAAGUUGAGUUACCACACUGCACCACCCUUCCUGUCGUCAGUCAAAGUGCCAUCGACAUCCCGACAGGAUAGCGAGAAAGACAAACCUGAAGUGAAGACGAAUCGUUUGAGUUUAGAGAGGUCUCCAUACUUGUUGCAACAUGCAACUAAUCCUGUGGACUGGUAUCCCUGGUGUGACGAGGCUCUGGAAAAGGCAAAGAAGGAGAACAAGAUAAUUUUCGUGUCGAUUGGCUACUCUACCUGUCAUUGGUGCCAUGUGAUGGAGAAAGAAUCGUUUAAGAAUGAAGAAGUCGCGAAAAUCAUGAAUGAGCAUUAUGUUAAUAUCAAGGUGGAUAGAGAAGAGAGGCCUGACAUCGACAUGAUGUGCAUGAUGUUUAUUCAGAGAUUGAGAGGUCAUGGGGGUUGGCCACUGAGUGUAUUCUUAACACCGGAUUUGAUGCCGAUAACGGGUGGAACAUACUUUAGCUCGUCAAUGUUUACAUUGUAUUUGACACGAAUUAUGAAAGAGUGGACAGAUGGAAGAGAUAAAAUGAUCAAAUCCGCCACUACUAUAGCGGAACGUUUGAAAGAAUUGGCCACAAGCAGAGAGGACAUAAAAGACGAUGGAGUUCCCGCGAUUGAUAGCGCCUUCUUGUGCGCUCAUGUUCUAAUGAACAUAUACGAUUCGGAAUACGGCGGAUUUGGCAGCUCGUCAGCUAUUAACCCAAACUCGCCGAAGUUUCCUGAACCGAGCAAUUUGAAUUUUCUUCUCAGUAUGCACGUUCUAACCACUUCUACCAUGUUAGUUGAGAUGACUUCAGAUGCAUGCCUAAAUACCUUGAAGAAGAUGUCUUACGGUGGAAUUCACGAUCACAUAGGAAAAGGAUUUCACCGAUACACAGUGGAUGCUCGAUGGAAAGUGCCUCAUUUCGAGAAAAUGCUUUACGAUCAAGCUCAGUUAAUACAAUGCUACGCCGAUGCUUACCUCAUUACAAAAGAUUCCUUUUAUUCCGAUAUUGUAGAUGACAUCGCGACAUACGUCCUGCGUAUUCUGCAACACAUGGAAGGUGGUUUCUUCAGUGCGGAGGACGCGGAUUCGCUACCUACAUCUGACGCCUCAGCGAAACGGGAAGGCGCAUUUUAUGUUUGGACCUAUGAUAGACUUAAAACUCUUUUAAAAAAAGAGAAAGUACCUGGUAAGGACAAUGUUACAUAUUUUGACCUUAUCUGCCGACAUUUCUCAGUGCGGAAGGAAGGAAAUGUAGAAAGCCCACAAGAUCCUCACGGCGAGCUUACGGGCAAAAACGUAUUUUCAAUGCAGGCGGGAAUUGAAGAUACUGCUAGCCAUUUUAAGCUUAGCGUAGAGGAGACACAAAAGCAUCUUAAGGAGGCUUGUACUAUAUUGUUUGAAGAUAGAACGCAUAGACCGUGGCCUCAGCUGGACGAUAAGAUGGUUACAGCAUGGAACGGUCUUAUGAUAAGUGGCCUUGCACGUGCUGGAAUCGCUGUAAAAAACAAGACGUAUGUUGAAGCGGCGACGGAAGCUGCCACAUUCGUGGAGAAAUAUCUGUUUGACAAAAAGAAACGCAUCCUACUUCGCAGCUGUUAUCGCAGGAGGGACGACAAAAUUGUACAGAGGAGCACUCCGAUACCUGGUUUCCACGAGGAUUAUGCGUUCUAUGUAAAAGGAUUGCUCGACUUAUACGAAGCCACCUUCAACCCGCAUUGGGUCGAAUUUGCCGAAGAGCUGCAGGAUAUUCAAGAUCGAUUAUUCUGGGAUUUACAGGAUGGCGGAUACUUUGCUAUGGCCGAGGAGUCUCCGAUACUUACACGGACUAAAGACUCUGACGAUGGCGCGCUACCGUCCAGUAAUUCAAUCGCAUGUUCCAAUCUAUUGCGCCUAGCGAUUUACUUGGAUCGUGACGAUCUCAGAAAUAAAGCUGAAAAACUUCUGUGCGCGUUUGGCAAUAAACUUGUCAGCUGCCCAGCUGCAUGUCCACAAAUGAUGUUAGCGCUGAUCGAGUAUCACCAUCCGACGCAAAUUUAUGUAACCGGGAAAACGGACGCCAAAGAAACCAACGAGAUGCUGGAAAUAAUCCGCUCGCGUUUAAUACCUGGUAGAGUACUAAUAUUAGCCGAUGCUGAGCAGCAGGACAACGUGCUGUUCAAUAGGAAUAUGAUUGUUAAAAGAAUGAAACCGCAAAAGGAUCGGGCGAUGGUCUUCAUAUGCCGUGAUUAUACAUGUUCUUUACCCAUUUCAAGCCCUAGCGCCCUAAUUUCCGAAUUAAAUAAAAAAGUGUUUUCCGAUUUAUAAAUACCAAGGUUGUUACGAUUUAUAUUGCGCAUUCGUCGCGUGUCGAAAACGGCGGAACAACGAAAUGAGGGAUAAAGACAUCGCCGCCGAAUAUUAAAUAAUAUAAUGUUAAAUAGUGCAGUCUUAGUUAACAGAUUAGUGUACUCAGUCGCUAACACGAUCGAGUACAACAUUCGUAAGCAUAAGUAAAUCAACAGCAAUAUUUGCAACUGAUAAACAGAUGUAUAAACAUUCGCAAAGAAAGAAAAAAUUCUAGUUGGUCCUGGGAAGACCAAAUUAAAAAAUAUGUUCCAAUCUAAUCAAAAAUCAAGAUUUUGUAGGGUAUAUUACUAAUGUAUAAAUUCUGACUUUUAUUGUCAUUCAUACGAAUGUAUUUUGUGCGUUUUUAAUUAAUAAUCAAGAAAAUUAACAGUAUAAUUAUUAUAAAUUUUUAGAAAACUUUCUAAUUGAUACUCUCAAGAGUAAUUGAGAAAUUAAAACUGUUUUAUUUCUCUAAA